AUGUUUGUUAGUCCCAGAAGAGUCAGGAAAUGCCAUUUUUUGCAGAUAUUUGCCACUUGCUUCAUACUAUGUCUCAUGAUUUUUUGGGGACCAUUUGAUAAUCACAUUGUGAGCCAUAUGAAGUCCUAUUCAUACAGAUACCUCAUAAACAGCUACCAUUUUGUGAAUGACAGCCUGUCUAUCAACAGGGAUAACUUGGACAGAGUAUCAAGCUACCAGUACUUGAUCAACCACAGAGAGAAAUGUGGUCAGCAGGAUGUCCUUCUCCUGUUGUUUGUGAAGACUUCUCCUGAAAACCGUCAUCGGAGGGAUGCAAUUAGACAAACUUGGGGUAAUGAGAAGUAUGUUCGUUCUCAACUUAAUGCCAACAUUAAAACUCUUUUUGCUUUAGGACGACCAACAGAUCAUCCUCAGCAAACACAGCUGCAAAGAGAACUUCAGCUGGAAGACCAGAAAUACAGUGAUUUGAUUCAGCAAGAUUUCUUGGAUACUUUUCACAAUCUUACUCUUAAAUUGCUUUUGCAGUUUAGCUGGGUGAAUGCCUACUGUCCUCAUGCCAGGUUCAUUAUGUCUGCAGAUGAUGAUAUAUUUAUCCAUAUGCCAAAUCUUGUUGCUUAUCUCCAAAGUCUAGCACAAAUGGGUGUGCAAGAUCUCUGGAUUGGUCGUGUCCAUCGUGGAUCCCCUCCCGUAAGAGACAAGAGUAGCAAAUACUAUGUUCCAUAUGAAAUGUACCAGUGGCCCUCUUAUCCUGACUACACGGCAGGAGCUGCAUAUGUAAUAUCAAAUGAUGUAGCAGCUAAAGUAUAUGAGGCUUCAUUGACGCUCAAUACAAGUCUUUACAUAGAUGAUGUUUUCAUGGGUCUCUGUGCCAAUAAAAUGGGAAUUGUACCACAAUAUCAUGUAUUUUUUUCUGGGGAAGGAAAGGCUCCAUAUCAUCCCUGCAUUUAUAACAAAAUGAUGACAUCUCAUGGACAUGUAGAUGAUCUUCACAAGCUCUGGAAGCAGGCUACAGAUCCCAAAGUUAAAAAGCUUUCUUCGGGGAUUUGGGGUAGAAUAUACUGCAGACUAGUCAAUAUUGUGCUUCUCUGUAAACUGUACUAUGAGGACACAUAUCCUUGUUCAGCUGCGUUUUCUUAAUACUUGAAUGUCUGUGUUGAAGAUCCACUGAGCCAAAACA